CUCGCUAGCAGCAUGAAGAUUGUAGUAGCUAGGUUGGCAUUUCUCAGAAACAUUCAAUUACUAAAAGGUUCUAUCAAACCACCGAUGUCAAUAAGCCCCAAUUUUCAUGUAAAUUAUCACGAUACAAAGCGGUCAACAUAGUCUCAAUAACAUGGAAACCUUGUGACAUGGACGAAAAAUAGUGUAAAUCUUAACAAGCGAGUUGUUAAUUAGUUGAUGAUACACAUUGAAAAUCUCUAUAAAUAUGAAGACUUUUCCUGGCUUGAAGUAAACCGGUCCUUAGGACAAAGCUGGUUCCAUCGAGGUUGAAGUUCAUAAACAUGGCGUACUUCCAUUAUUUGCUUCUGCUACAAAUAGCAGUGGUUUGUGUGGUUAAUGGCGCCAACAGCAACCCAGGAGGAAAUGGUAACCGCGCGGCGCAAAUGGCGUCCGGAAACAUUGGCAGGAGCCCGGGUAUGGCGAUGAUGAUGCGCGAGAUGAUGAGCGGACAGAGUCCAAACAAUGCCGCGAAUACAUUGCCCCCCGGCCCCAAUGAGCCCGGACCUAGACCUGGACCCCCGUCCCCACGAGUCAUCGCUCCUCCUAACAUUCCGUUCGAGUGUUCUUUGUUUGCUGAUUCGGGAUACUUCUGCCCUUUUGGUUAUGAAAGACCUAGCGUGCAAUGGUACUACGAACCAUACUCCCAACGCUGCGAAGCCUUCUACUACCGAGGGUGUGGAGGAACUCCAAAUAGAUACCCCAGCCGUUUGGAAUGCCUCAGAUCUUGCGGUUGCUUCAGUAAUAUCGACUACGGAAACUUUUGCCCAAAUUUUGGCACCACACGUUGGGUUUUCAACAAAUACACCGGCGCAUGUGACCGAAUCAGAUUUGGAGAAUGCGGAGGCGGAAAUGACAACAACUUCCGGUCUCAUCUUGAGUGCGAAUCUACUUGCGGACCCAGCCACGACCGGCCCUUUGGACCUAUAUUCGGGAUUGGCAAUAUGGCGUUAGGUUCUGCCGCGUCAGCACGGGGGAACAUCGCCCAGAACCAGGCAGCCGGUAGAGCAAACGGAGGAAAACAAUCAAAAUAA